GGCUCUAGAGAGAGCAAUUAAAACUCUGAAUCCUAUCAUGGGAAAAUGCAGGCAUGAGAGUUCCUCUAAAACAGUGCGGAGAUUUGAGGAAUCCCUGGGGUUCAUCAGCUAAUCAGCUAUCAACCUCAUCCCGGCCAAAGGGAACUGUCCAGAGAGCAAAACAGAAGCCGCCCCGGCGCGACGGGAUUCAGCCUCUGCACUGGGCGCUCAGCGGGGCAGCGGGACUGUGUCGUCACGGAGAUGCUCUGUCGUUGCUGAGAACCAGGACCCGGGAGACCCGGGGAUCGCGGGGCCCUGGAAACGCAGCAGAGCUGGGUGGGAGCUGGGUGAGCUGCGCUCGGACCCCUGGCUGGACUGAGAUUUGACUGCCAGGGUCCUGGAUCCCGGGGCUCUAGGCGAACCUGGUCUCAGAAGCUCUGUUUCAAGGCUCCCAAAGGGGCUGUGUCGCUGUCCCCGGUGCUGAAAACUCCCCGGGAACUGUCCGGUGCUGAACCCGGAUGCGGCCCGGCCCGCGGCGCUCGGCCCUGAGCUGGGAGCGCUGACGCAGCGCGCAGGGAAAACAGGAAGCGGCGAGCUCUGGCCGGGAUGGACCUGCAGAGACUGGACUCCUACCAGGGGGGAGCCGGCCCCGACCACGUCCUGCACAAGACCAUCCUGGUGGGCGACAGCGGUGUGGGGAAGACGUCGCUGCUGGUGCAGUUCGACCAGGGCAAGUUCCUCCCGGGCUCCUUCUCGGCCACCGUGGGCAUCAGCUUCACGGUGAUGCUUCUGGGAGACUCGGGCGUCGGCAAAACCUGUUUCCUGAUCCAAUUCAAAGACGGGGCCUUCCUGUCUGGGACGUUCCUGGCCACGGUCGGCAUAGACUUCAGGAACAAGGUGGUGACGGUGGACGGAGUGAGGGUGAAGCUGCAGAUCUGGGACACGGCGGGGCAGGAAAGGUUCCGCAGCGUCACCCACGCAUACUACCGAGAUGCCCAGGCCCUGCUCCUGCUGUACGACAUCACCAACAGGUCUUCCUUCGACAACAUCAGGGCCUGGCUCACGGAGAUUCACGAGUAUGCCCAGAGGGAUGUGGUGAUCAUGUUGCUAGGUAACAAGGCGGAUGUGAGCGGUGAGAGAGUGAUCCGUUCCGAGGACGGCGAGACCCUGGCCAGGGAGUACGGCGUCCCCUUCAUGGAGACCAGCGCCAAGACAGGCAUGAAUGUGGAGCUGGCGUUUCUGGCCAUCGCCAAGGAGCUGAAGUACCGAGCCCGCCGGGACGCCCAGGCCUACGAACCCAGCUUCCAGAUCCGAGACUAUGUAGAAGCCCAGAGAAAGCGACCCAGCUGCUGCUCCUUCGCGUGAUCCCCUGACCUGGGCGGGGAGGGAGUUGGGGAGCCCAGGGUCCAGCAUCUCCCCCAGCCCUCUGCCCUAAUUCCUAGAGCUUCCGUGCGUCCCCAGAAAGGAUAAAAUAUUUAUAUGAGACAUAAUUCAAUAUCAAUAAUAAUAAUAAUAAUAAUAAUAGUAAUAAUAAUAAUAAUAAGCAUCGGGAAAACCAAAAGUAUCCCGUAGGGUACCUGGUGGGCCUUUUGCCUUCUAGGAGCGAGGGUGGUGUUGCAGCUGUUCAGCACCAGGGGGCGCUGGUGCACCGGCCCGGGGCGGGGGUCGGAGGAGGCAGCUGGGGAAAGGCGGGGUUCACUCCAGCCUUGGAGAACCCGCCGGUCGGAGAAGCCCCCUGCAGUGUGGGAGCUGGAUCUACCCGGCUCGGGGAAGAGAAGAGGCUGGGAAUGUGGAGGUGGGGCCGGGACCCAGCCCUUCCGACGGGGACAGAGUCGCAAUCCAUCUGCUGACUGGCUCCCGCCGGCCUUCCUGGCCCCCCUGGGGAGGGGUCGACCCUCCUUCCCGCUAGCAUCAAAGCACCUUAGGGCUUGGAGACAUUCGGCUCCUGUUUCCUGGUGGACCUCAGGUCCCCGGGGAGCCCCUCCUCCCCGAGCCCUGCUCUCCUGUACCUUUCUGCCAGUGUCCCUUGACACUAAGGUCACACGGCCAGUUCUCCUGUCCCUCCCCAGGUAUGCAAGCCCGCGGGCUACUUCAGGGAGCUCGCGUGCCUCCCCGGGGCGGGGAGGGAGAUAGAGAAACCCCUGUCCCGCAGACCAGAGCAGGCAGGGGCCACCGAGAAGGUUGUGCGCCUUUAUCUGCAGGGGAGGGGUGGGCGGGAGUGUGUGACCCGCAAGUCUGCGUGCAGAAGAGAGGCGCGUUUAUGUCGGGACAAGGUCACCUGAUCCCCAAGCCCUGACCCCAGCUCUGGGAGACAGACAAGAGCCGGCAGGACUGGACGCCCGGUCUCCCUGCUGGAUGGGGAGAGGGGGGGAGGGGAGGGGAGGGGAGGAGAAAGAUCCUCACGCACCCCUGGGAGGCGCCUGCAUUUGCUCUUGGGGCAGAACCCCUGCCCUGGGCCGGCCGCAGCUCCCACCAGCGCCCAGUGGAAGCUCUGGCGGGCGCGACCUGGCCGAGCCUGACCUUGCCAGGUUCUCUGAAGGGGAGGCAGGGG